AUGCGUUGUGAUGUGUACGUGCCCUUCGACGGGAAACGACUCAGUUUGCUCCAAAUGGCCAAAUGCUCCGUCCGCUUCGACGGCUGGCGGUCACUGUAUGGCGGCUUUGGACCCUUCUUGGCCUCCAAGCUGCUCACAGAGACCGCUGCAGCCGCUCAAAAAGCCGCUCUGUCCGUCCUCCCUGAAGAAAAGAAGUGGCUGCAACUCGCUGCCUCCCAAAUCUCCACUCUAGCCUCCACCAUCGCCUCACCCCUGGAAGGAACCUCCGAAGAUCUGCAAGUCAAAUCAAACAUCCCCGGUCUGCCCCCCACCGUGCAGCAGACUGUUUGGGACCCACUUGUAAACAACGCUCACCACCCACUCUUCUCCCCUCCUCUCCUCUCCUCUCCUCUCCACUCCAAAACCCUCACUUGUCCUCUCGUAUUCUGA